AUGGAAUCAGGGCUCGCGGAAGCGGAGGAGCGCCGAUCUCCUCGAGCUCAUUCUCCGGCGCGCGAGGCGUCAGUGGAGAGCGCGCCGCAUCAUGAGCCCCUCGGGGUCGCCGUGGCAGCUCCAUCGGCUCCCUCAGGCCGCGCUCCACCGUUGUCACCGCGUGCUCCUGGUCCGAACGGCGGAUCGUCCCUGUCUCGACGUGGGCGGUCUCCUCGCGCGUCGCCGGCUGGUUCCCCCCGCCAGUUGCCGGUGCGCCGCCACGCGUCUCCUGCGCGUCCGGAUGAUGGCGCCACUGGACCCCAGCCGCCUGUUCUACCGGCGCGUCAUGCAGCUCCUCCUGCAAACCGAUCCCGCUCCUCCCAUGGCGGUCGCGGACGAGGCCGUGGCUGGCGCGGCUGGAAUGGAUCCCUUGGGCGUGGAUCCUACCACGCUGGACCCGCUCAGUCGUCCCUGCAGAGGGCGCUCCAGUCGCUUCCUUCCGUGCUUGAAGGUGCUCUGACGCGCGCCUUCUCGGCUGCUCCACACACAGCGCCAACUCUUGACCCAUCCCGUUCUCGGCUCCCUGGUUCGUCCGCCGCUGCCCCUCAUGGUGGGCCCCGUGUUGCUGGGGAGGCCGUGGCGGCGGCAUCAACUGUGCGACCGCGACUGCUACGUGACUUCCCCACGGCUCACGAGGGUGGUCACCGGUCGUCUCGCUGCCUCGUGGUGGCGUCAAUGCAGGCACGCAACCGCGCGGAUCCUGGGCCGCCGACGGUGACAACCGCCAAGGUGAGCUUGGGGCAGCUGUGGCUGGCUGAGUGUCAGCCAAUGGUGCAGCUGAUUCUGGAGAAGGCGCAGGUCCUUCUUCAGGGGAGCCCAUCGGGCACAUACGUUGAUCACGCGGGAGAAGCAUGCCUCCAGCAUGCAGCAGAGAUCGCUGCCUUGGUAGGGCCUGUGUUGGACGCGCCAGCCCAGGGAGGAGCUGUUGCCUCUACCCUCUUCCUACCAGAGUACCUCCUGGUGAGAGCUUUGGUGUACCUGGAGGUUCUCGUGCUGUGCAUAUCCGCUGCUGGUGGUGGCGUGGUGGGCAAUGGGCGUAACCCCACUCCUUUCCCUCCUCACGACACUGCCUCAUCAGCCAAGACCCAUCCCCACCGUUCUCAACCCCCCCCAUUCCAGCACCCCGUUCCCAACCCCCCCGUUAACAACCCCUCCUGCCUUCCCUCCUCUCCCCAGGGGCUACAACCAGCACGGGCAACUGGGCCGCCUGGAGCCUAA